UCCUAGACAGACUUUGGACGCUGGGUUCUGUUUUGGUUGUCCAACAUUUUCCGGAAACGCCGGGUAAACCGCUCCACACAAGUAAACAAGUAUGGGAGAAAAACAAGCUUUUUCUGCGCUGUAUUGAAGGAACAAUAAUUUUACGCCAUGAACCUGAAAGCGAAGUAUUGGGAGUUAAAGGUGUAGGUAGCCGGAUAUAAUGUUUACUGAAGUUAUUUGACUUGGUAAUGUUUAGCUGCUACUUUAGCUAACCGCCUCGUGCACUGCGGUGCUACUUAGCUCGCGACAAAAUACGUUUUUUUAAUGUUUGCACACCCGCGCGGUAAUUAUCCCGGUUUAAACCAAAACGGUUUUAGUUCGGUCGGAUAAAAGACGUUAAUAAAAACGUGUAAAACACCCAUCAGUUAUCGCUGAUGGCAGUGAAGACAGUCGCCUGUGAGUGGCGCUGUUCAGCUACAGGUUGUGUCAGGUCUGAUUAUGGCGCACGCUGAGGAAAAUGAAGCUGAUGAUAUGCAGGAGAGCUCCGAAGAGUUCUUUAUUCGGGGGUCCAGCAGUUCAGAAGACGAAGGAGGGUGUAUGAGACGUUCGAUGAGCUGCAAACAAGCUGCACGGCAGAGCAGAGAAAGCUCCCCUCCGCUCCUCCUGGUCUUUCCAUUCUCCUCUGGAGGAAAAAGGGCUCUGCUGGACGCUGAGCUGGAAGUGUCUUCUAGUGAUGACCUACGGGACGAUAAAGAUGAGGAUCAGCCCAUAGAGGACUGGAUGAUCCUGGAAGGGGAGGAACAGGUGGAGGACUCAAACAUCCAGCUCAAUCUGAGCUACAGGAACAGCUCCGGGGAGGAAUUAGAUGAUGAAGAUUUGAAGGGCAACGUGCGAAAAUCAGUAAAAGAAAGCUGGGCUGUAUCUGUGAAAGACAAGGUAACUUUUGAGAGUGGCGCGGAUCAGUCUCUGACCAGCCGUUAUUUCUCGCCUGGUUGUUCCCUGUUCUGUCGUGCAUGCAACAGGACAGGACACCUUGCCAAAAGCUGCUCCUUCCGCAAGAAAUAUCCUAUAUGUGUCCUUUGUGGGAUCCAAGGUCACAUCCAAAGGAAAUGUCCAAGUCGCCCCUGUGGUAGAUGUGGACUGCCUUCACACGGGCUCAAGCCAUGUGAUCUGCCUCCAGUAUGGAACCAGCACUGCCUGCGCUGCGGGAUGACAGGGCACCUUUCUGAUGCUUGCCCCGAUACAUGGAGACAAUACCACUUGACAAUUAGGGUAGCGGUUCCCCUCAGGCCACAGGCAAGCCACAGCCUCCAUCACAGGAAGUGCCGCAUUCAUUGUUACAACUGCUCUAAAAGAGGACAUUACGGUUAUGAGUGCACUAAAAGGAGGAUGGUUACGGGCACUUUUCCAUCAUUGCCUUAUGUUUACCAAUAUGACACCAGGGAAGACAUUCUCCAAAUUCGGACCAGGCGAGAGGAAAGAGUUAAAGAGCCUGCACAUGUUUUCUCAGACCUGUCUGAAAAAACAGGGACGAGCGGUGAGGAGAAUCGAUCAGUCCAGGGGUGGACAAAGACAAAGAAGGAGCUGCACACCCGAGCUGGCACGUGGAAGACGUGGCAAGAGAGGCGCAAGGAGAGACGAGAGGUGAAGCGUCUGAGGAGGGAAGCUCAGGCCAGGCGGGAAGGAGGACUACUGAUAAAGUCCCGCUGUAGCUCUGAUGACGAAGUCUAUCCCAGAGUCCCCUUUAGUCGGCCCGAUGACAGGCAAAAACAGUCCACUGCACCUCCACAGAAGAAAAGGAGGGAUGAGACAGGUGGCAAAAAGAGCAAGAAGAGCAGAGAGGCAGAAAGGUGGAAGAAAAGAGGAGGGGUAAAACGUGGGUAUUUGUAUCCCCAUGCUGACAUAGAUAUCAGGAGUGUAAAUCUUCUUUCCCCAAAACAAAGAGUACGCCACAGAAAAAAAUGAUAGCUGAUCUUUUUUUAAUGCAUUUAUUUUUUAGGUGCUAAUAAAUGUAACAAGUUUGCAAAGAAGUCA